AUGCCCGCGACGUCGAGUGACUCGUUCCAGUUUGUCGCCUACGAGUCAACCAGGCGCACAACACCAAAGCUGGCGCUCCCAGCCGCUGUAAACGACAGAGAGGGCACGUAUCUGGGCCAUUUUGUCGCUGUCGUUCGUAAUUGUCAUUUCACGGCUCGUUUUCCGCUGGCGGCAACGGCGCUGCUGCCCGUGAUGCGUGGACAUGGUCACCUUUCACAUGUGGCAGUUGCACUAGGUGCCCUGGAUGCGCAUCGACGAGCGCACGUCGGCACAAGUCCCGACUAUCCAUCGCCGCGCAUCGUGGCAUUUACAAGAUACCAGCGCGCCUUGGCCAGCUUGCAAGAUGAGCUCGGUUCGAGCGAUGCGUCACAGCGAGAUGAUGUGCUUUGGACGACCUUUCUCCUGGGGCUGUUUGAGCUCAUGGCUGAACCAAGCGGUGACCGAUGGACGAGACACAUGCUCUACGGCACAGGAAGAAUGCUGCAGCUGUCGAAUAUGAGCCGCGGCCCCUCUCCUCUAAAGCAGAUGCUCUUCGACGCGUUCCAGGUCCUAGAGGCCAACAGGGCAAUCAUGUACGGGGUGGAAACUUUUCUGUCCGAGAACAGGUGGACUGUUGUCAGAAAGACUCUGUUUUUGCGUGCUGGCCAGAGUGCUGGGCUCCCGAUGGAUGGCAUGGUUACUCUCAUGCUCUACACCGCAUCCUUCAGUCAGAGCUUCUUUGCACGGAUCCAGGAGAUUCCAGAGCCGGAGCGUUGCACUCAUCCAAGUAUCGGAGAGCUGGGUCGACAAGGUAUCCAUGUCCAAGGCCUGCUCAAUACGUGGUACCUGCAGCACGGCUCGACUCUCCAUUCCAAGAGUACAGGGCAUGAGUGCCGACUAGCCCUGAUUUACUACCACACACUUCUGCUUUUCUUGUCGCGGAAUUACACGUACUACCCCUGCUGGGCGGGCAAGGCCACUCCUCUGCUGAGCCAUUCGGCAAUUUCUGACCACGCGAGAAGCAUUGUCGCUCUGAUUGACCAGUUGCUGCAGUCGUCCAAUGUGCCCGGCGUCAUGUUGCUGUUCCCCUUGCGAGUCGUCGGUUCCCUGCUCACUGAGACAGAAGCGAGGAUGGGAGUCGUGGCGCAGCUCAACACGAUAUACUGGAAGGGAUACGUCGUGGCAGACAGGGUCAAGGUAGACUUGCAUGACCUUUGGGCAUUCAGUGGCCUGCCGGGGUGUUGA